AUGGAAGCUAGAAAAGACCAGAAAACUCAUAAUCAAGAAAAACGAGCCGUGGGCUUAGUGACUAUCAGUGAAGCGAAGAUUAAUGUGGGAGAAACCAGCUCUGGAAAAGGCUCGUGUCCUCUGUGCUCCAGAACACACGGAUUAACAGGGUGCGACAAGUUCCAGAGCAUGUCAAUAAAGGAGAGGAUAGAAAGGGUGAAAAGAUUACGUUGUUGUUUCUUGUGUCUGAGAAUGGGCUACAUUGUCCCUGAGUGUUGGUCACGCUUCAGAUGUGGCAUGGAUGGGUACAAUGAGAAGCAUUCUAAACUGUUGCAUCAAGAACGAAGGGAGGCACUUACUGCAAAUAUGUCAAACACAAGCAAGGGUGGCGUAAAGCGAGACAUUCAGGACAAGAGACAGCUAAGAAAACCCAUACAGCUACAAAGGGGACAUUUGACUGUCGAGGAAAAACGCCAAGAUGGUGCUGCCCAUAGUGAGUGUGAAGAUUUGGGGCAAGGACUCACACCAAUGAAACCACAUCAGAACUUUAACUCUCCUGGACUCAGGCAGCGACAGGUCGGAUUGCACCAAAGAUCUGGAGCAGAAAUAAGGGUGAAAGGGACACCCACCCUGGUAGCCAUGGGUAUACUUGCGCAAGAAACGAUACACAAGUCAGCUGAAGUAGAGGUGGCGGGCGCAGGCAUGAAACGAGGCAGGGCCAUACCGAUGCCGAAAGUACUCAUUAUACAAAAUUUCCUCACAACGCUGCGCAACUCCGUUGUGACAGCAAGUGAUAUUUCAAGGUGGACCCAUCUGCGAGGUGUGGAGUUCCCAGAACCACGGAGCAACAGCAUGGAACUUCUGAUAGGACAAAAUGUGCCACAGGCCUUAGUACCUUUGGAGGUCAGAGCAGGAAGGGAAAGAAUGCCAUUCACAGUAAGAACACCACUGGGAUGGACAGUGAAUGAACCGGUUGGGCACCAAGACGUAAAAGGGAUCUACAUAUUGGGAUGCCUGAUGACCGAAACUACCGUGAGUCCUGAAACUUGUCUGGAAAGACAAGUUAAACUUUUUUGGAAGCUUGACAAUGGGGAUGCGGGAGCCCUGCAGUCAGCAGCGUAUUCACUUGAGGACAAAGGAGUGUUGAGGCUAUGGUCAGAGACUGACAUCAAAACGAAUUGCCAUUACCGAUUUCCCAUACUGUUCCGUGAUGAGAACGCGGAACUCCCAAACAACAAGGCCAUGGUGGAGUGCCGACUGGAUGGGCUUAAAAGGAGACUGUCCAAGGAAGCACAGUUGCGAGAAGAAUAUGUGGGGGAAAUAAAUAAACUGCUCGCUGAAGGAUAUGUUGAAUCGGUGCCUGAGCUCCAGCGGGAUUCAGAUACUGGACUGGUUUGGUAUCUGCCUCAUCACCCGGUGUUGAACUCAAUGAGCCAAACAAAGUAUGCAUAG